AUGUAUUUAAGGCAAGAUCAGGCUUUUCAUCAGCCGAAGUUUGAGAUAACAGUCAUGUCCAGUGAACAUUUACAAUUGAAAGGUGUGUUAGUGGGUCAUAAUGAUUGGGUUACACAAAUAGCCACAACACCUCAAUUUCCCGAUAUUGUAUUGAGUGCAUCACGUGAUAAAAGUAUAAUUAUUUGGCAAUUAUCUAAUCAAUUAGAUUCGGUUGGUGAUACAAAUUCAUGUGGUUAUCCAAAUAAAGCAUUACGUGGUCAUUCUCAUUUUGUUUCGGACGUUGUCAUAUCAUCUGAUGGCUUAUUUGCUGUCAGUGGCUCAUGGGAUGGUUCAUUGAGAUUAUGGGAUUUAUCGGUGGGAACAUCGACCAGACAGUUUGUUAAUCACAAAAAAGAUGUAUUAAGUGUAGCAUUUUCAGCCGAUAAUCGUCAAAUUGUCAGCGGUUCACGUGAUAAAACAAUUAAAUUAUGGAACACUGUUGGCCAGUGUAAAUAUACAAUACAAGAUGAUAAUCACUCAGACUGGAUAUCAUGUGUUCGAUUUUCGCCAAAUCAAAAAGAUCCACUUAUCAUAUCAGCUGGAUGGGAUAAACUCGUGAAGGUAUGGAAUCUGACAAAUUGUAAAUUACGUACGAAUCAUUACGGUCAUAAUGCUUAUUUGAAUACUGUCACAGUUUCUCCCGAUGGCUCACUUUGUGCUAGUGGAGGACGAGAUUGCCAGGCGAUGUUGUGGGAUUUGAAUGAUGGUAAACAUUUGUACACACUAGACGCUGGUGAUACAAUAAAUGCAUUGUGUUUCUCACCAAAUCGUUAUUGGUUGUGUGCAGCUAGCGGUACAUCGAUUAAAAUAUGGGACUUGGAGACUAAAACAAUUGCUGACGAAGUCAAAUCCGAUAAACAAUGUACAUCAUUAGCAUGGUCAGCUGAUGGGCAAACAUUAUUCGCUGGAUUUACCAAUAAACAAAUACGUGUAUUUGAAGUAAAACAACGUUAA